UUAAGUUAAGUUUAAACCUGAGUGACAGAUACAAACUAAACCCCGCCACUCUUUCAAAACCCUUCUCCUAAUUUCAACAAUUGAACCCAAUUCCCACUCUAAACACUCUAAAGAAGAUGACUUCCCUUGCUUUAAACCCUAUACCCUCUCUUAAACUCAACUCUCACCGCAAAAAUCUCAAUUCUUUUCGAUUUUCAAUCAGUUCCUGCUCCUCUUUUAGCAACGCCAAUUCUUAUUUAUUUGAUAGACCCAUCAGCUUUAAAACUAAUUUCAGGGAUUCUGGGCAUGUAAUUAAGGGUGUCAGAUCAGUUUCUUCAGUUUCAGCUGGUACCCAUAUCAAUGGUUUUUCCGAAGAGAGGGUGGUUGUGUUGGUUAUUGGUGGAGGAGGAAGAGAGCACGCCCUUUGCUACGCCUUGCAACGAUCUCCGUCUUGUGAUGCUGUCUUCUGUGCCCCUGGCAAUGCAGGGAUUUCCAAUUCUGGGAAUGCUACUUGUAUCUCGGACCUUGAUAUUUCUGAUAGCGGAGCUGUGAUCUCUUUCUGCCGCAAAUGGGGUGUAGGACUGGUUGUUAUUGGACCUGAGGCGCCUCUGGUUGCUGGCCUUGCAAAUGAUCUAGUAAAGGUUGGAAUCCCCACAUUUGGUCCAUCGGCAGAGGCGGCGGCUUUAGAGGGUUCAAAGAAUUUCAUGAAGAGCUUGUGUGACAAGUACAACAUUCCUACUGCCAAGUAUAAAACAUUCACAGAUCCGUCGGCUGCAAAAGACUAUAUUCAGGCUCAAGGAGCACCUAUUGUUAUCAAAGUAGAUGGAUUGGCUGCUGGAAAAGGUGUAAUUGUCGCUAUGACAUUGGAGGAGGCAAAUGAGGCUGUUGACUCAAUGCUCGUGAAAAGUACAUUUGGUUCUGCAGGCAGCCGCGUCAUUGUUGAAGAAUAUUUGGAAGGAGAAGAAGCAUCUUUCUUUGCACUAGUGGAUGGAGAGACCGCCAUUCCGUUAGAAUCUGCUCAGGACCAUAAGCGUGUAGGGGAUGGUGAUACAGGGCCAAAUACUGGUGGCAUGGGGGCAUACUCGCCAGCACCAGUAUUGACAAGAGAACUUCAGUCCGUGGUUAUGGAAUCUAUUAUUCGCCCGACAGUGAGAGGAAUGGCAGCAGAAGGUUGCAAGUUUGUUGGAGUUCUGUAUGCUGGGCUAAUGAUUGAGAAGAAGUCCGGCUUACCUAAGCUGAUUGAGUACAAUGUCCGUUUUGGAGAUCCUGAGUGUCAGGUACUAAUGGUUCGUUUGGAAUCUGAUUUGGCACAAGUUCUCCUAGCAGCGUGUCGAGGAGAGUUAAAUGGAAUAACCCUGAACUGGUCUUCAGGGUCAGCCAUGGUAGUGGUAAUGGCUAGUAAAGGCUACCCCGGGUCCUACGAGAAGGGGACUGUGAUUAAAAACCUUGAAGAAGCUGCAAAUGUAGCUCCAACAGUGCAAAUAUUCCAUGCUGGAACCUCUUUGGACGCAGACGGAAACUUCAUCGCUACCGGGGGCCGUGUUCUUGGUGUUACUGCCAAGGGAAGAGAUCUUGAAGAGGCAAGAGAUGAAGCAUAUCGGGCAGUUGAGGAAAUCAACUGGCCUAAAGGUUUCUAUCGGCGCGAUAUUGGGUGGCGAGCGCUUCCCGAAAAACAAUUUGCACCGGGUAAUUGAUUUUGGUUAUCCGACCGGGAGCGAUCAAAUUGUUUAUGAAAGAGAAAUGGUGAUCGACCGAGGCCUUCCGGUGAAAAGAAAUUAAAUAGAAACUAGAAAGAUUGAUCCCUUGGGGUUGUUCUUGUGUCUAAAGAUGUGCCUCAUGUAUCUUGUAUAUCAGUCUACUGAUAAAUUAAUCUCCAUUUCUUACAAUGAAUAAUAGCCAGAUAAAUUGAUCAAAUUUUGGAUCA